CGUGUUUAAAUUCUCAAACAUCAUAAGUGGUGGCCAUAUAUAAAUUAAAUCUAACAAACCUAUGAGUUACCAGCAAAACAACGAUAAAUUAUUGAUCCGAUUCGUUCGUAAGUAUGCUAGUUGAAAUGACUCACACUUUCGAUUUUCGAACAUGCCACCUCAUAAUUAAGUCAGAACGAGUCAGGUCAUGAGUUGAGUUCAACAAACCAUCAAGUUGAUCUGCCUCGCCGAAGCCUUGCAUGCUGAACAAGACUUAAUUCAAACUCUACUCCAGUGAUAACUAGACGAUUCGACCUUUCUAAUGCAACAGUAGCUAACUUAGCCUGGCAGAAUUACCACGGGCUUCAAAGUUCAAACUCACGAUCCAUUGAUCACCUUAAUUGAAAGAGGACUCCUUAGCUUAAACUGCUAACUCCAGCUUUACUUAUAGUCACAGAAUUUGAACCUAGUUUGGAUGCUUAUUCAUAGUUAGUUAUCCAUUAUGAUAAAAGGAAUUGAAUGGUAAACAUAACAAAACCGCAUCGUUAAUCGUCGUCCUAGAAUUUUUGUUGAUAUGAGCAUCAGCCAAAGUAUUGAGAAGAUACUAAGAAUCUUGUUCCCCAAGAUAACAGUUUGGUGUUAUUUGCCGCCCAACAAUUUACUAUUUGUUGUUCACAAAUUUUGUAAAAAUGACAAAUUUCCUCUUUUUUGAAUGUUUUAAAAAAAAAAUUGUAUUACACGAAAAAUACAAUUCCAGUGCCAACCCAGCGACGAUCCGAAGCCAGUUUCCGAAGCUCAAAGGCCAAUCAUACCGUCGAAGUCGACCCGGCCAGGACCAUCCAACCUUCAGUUUCGUACAUCUUUUUAGGAUCGACUCAAAUAUAUUGGACCUUGAUCAAACUCUUAAAUCUCAAACCACUUAAUCGACCGACUCAAUGACUUAGAUUCGGUUUUGACAACCUUAAUUUACUCUACUGGCGUCGGGAAAGGAACAGUACAGAAGGUGGCCAAUCAACCGGCAAAUUCUCCCGUGCCGACUCUUCGACUCCCUUCCCCUGCAUCAGAACUUCGGAACGUUUCCCCUUCCCAUUUUCUCCUAUUUUAAAAAUGGUACUGAGAGAUAGUGACAGUAACACCAAAGGCAAACAAGACGAAGAAAACUCCCAUCUUUGUCGAGCUGUCUGCCAAGGGUUUUGCACUUUUGCUUACUUCUCCACGAAGUACCCACCUUUUGAAGCAGUUCCUCUUUUUUUCACGUUGAUACAUCAACAACAAUCGAAAGUAAGGCACUCUGACUGUAGCUUCUAUGCAUGCCCUAGCCUGCUCUGUAGCCAAAGCAAGCAAGCUUUUUUUUGCUUCAUUGUACCGUACAACAACAAAAACGAGUCCUCUGAUCUAGUCUAGUCUAGCUUUUUACAUUGCAGUUCGUUUCUCUUUUGUUCCGUUCAUCUUUUUCCGUCCGGCGGUGGGUACGCCGUCGUUGCCUGAUUUGAUUGAAACUGCAGGGGGGUAACGGAAAGUUGGAUUGGAAGUGGGAGAUACGGUGGAGAUGACGACGAGGGCACAGUCUGGACGCAGAGAAGAUGAUCCGUUGUCAAUCAGUGGACGAAUGUUCAUCUCAACUCUGUUUUCAUGGUCACUAGAGGACAUUUUCAAUGAAAAUCUGUUUCAGGUACUAGAGGUUCCAGAGUCGUUCGGCUCAGCUGGAGAAUAUUUCAAACAGUUUGUGGUUCCAUUACUGGAAGAAACAAGAGCUGAACUUGAGUCAGCCAUGGAAGUUAUCUCGAAUGCAACCGUUGCUGAGGUGCAAGGUUUACAAGAGUGCAAACCGUAUGGAACUUGCUUGUACGAUGUCGCAGUUCGUGACUGGGAAAACUGCAAAGGUAGUAAUUCUGGCAGUGAGCUGUACAGGACGAUGCCUGGGGACAUAGUUGUUUUAGCUGAUGCCAAACCCGAGACGGUCUCGGAUUUGCAAAGGGUUGGUCGCUCCUGGUCUCUUGCAUUGGUCACAAGCAUUUCGGAUGAUGAUGAUGAUGUUCAAGAGUCGACAAGUUGUACUUUUUUUAAGAUCCAAGCAUCAGAGGACUUGGUAGCUCGAAGAGAAAUGCGUAAAUCAAUGACACUGAUCUUCUUGAUAAAUGUUACAACAAACCGCCGAAUUUGGAAUGCAUUGCAUAUGUCACGAAACCUUAAUAUCAUUAAUAAAGUACUCUCUGCCAAGAGUUUGGACAAGGAAACGUGCAGCCUUUGUUAUAGGCAGAUAGAUACAAAUCUGAAAAUGGAUUCUGACUUGAAUGAGUCUCAAAAGGAAGCUGUGCUUGCUUGUCUGAGAAGAGUUCAGUGCAGGCAUAGGUCUGGUUUGGAACUUAUUAAGGGCCCUCCAGGGACCGGGAAAACGAAAACUGUCAGCACUUUGCUAGUCGGCCUUUUGAAAAUGAAUUGCAGGACGUUGACUUGUACACCAACCAAUGUUGCUGUAAAAGAAGUAGCUUCCAGGGUUGUCAAGCUGCUUAAAUCAGAAUCAACCGAGAAUGCUAGCGGUGGUGGUAGUUUAUUAUGCCCCUUAGGGGACAUUCUCUUACUUGGGAAUAAAGAUAGACUGAAGCUGGAUCCGGAAGUCGAAGAAAUAUACUUGGACUAUCGCGUUCAAAUACUUACAGAGUGCUUCGGAUCUCGCACUGGAUGGCAGCCUUGCAUCAAUGAUAUGGCACACUUUCUAGAGCAUUGUGUUAAUCUGUUCUCUGUUCAUCACGAAAUUGAAAGUAUGCUUGCGGAAAGAAAGGAUCUUGGCGAAGAAAUCGAGACAGAAGGAAGCUCUGAUAUGGGUUCAGAGAAAAAGAAGUACGAAUCAUUUCUCGACUUUGCAAGAGAUGGGGUUCAUUCAAAGGUUUUGCCAUUACUGAAUUGCAUGAUGACUAUGUGUACCCACAUUCCUGAAACCUAUAUGGGGACAGACAUUAUUGAAAAGAUCCAAUGUGUCAAUGAGUUGCUGGAAUCCUUCAGUAAUUUGUUAUUCUGUGAUAGUCUGAUUUCCAAUGAGAUGGAGCAGCUGUUUACCUCUCCCGAUUCAAUCCAUGAUUCGUCCCAUUGCUACUCUGCUGUAACCAUAGAGGUAUGCCAUAGAAGAACUCAAUGCAUUUCUGAAUUGAAAGGUCUGCGUAGAACAUUGGAGACAGUUAAGUUUCCAAAAGCAACAAACAAGUAUGCAAUCCGAGAGUUCUGCUUAAAGUCAGCUUCUCUCAUCUUCUGCACAGCAGCUAGUUCAUAUAAGCUCUAUUCAGUGGAUAUGGAUCCAUUUGAGGUGUUGGUGAUUGAUGAAGCUGCCCAGUUGAAAGAAUGCGAAUCAACAAUACCUCUGCAGCUGCCCGGCAUUAGACAUGCCAUUCUGAUAGGAGAUGAGUGCCAAUUACCAGCCAUGGUUCGAAGCAAGGCUUGCAGUGAAGCUGGGUUCGGCAGAAGCUUGUUUGAGAGGUUAACAUCUUUAGAGCAUCCCGUGCACCUCCUGAAUAUUCAAUACAGGAUGCAUCCAGCCAUCAGUUACUUUCCCAACUCUAUCUUCUACUCUGGUAAAAUACAAGAUGGAGAGAAUGUCGAGAGCACAAGUUAUGAUAGACGCUACUUGCCGGGUCCCAUGUUUGGUCCCUAUUCAUUUAUAAAUGUAAAUGCCGGAAGGGAAGAAAUGGACGAUGUUGGUCGUAGCCGGAAAAAUAUGGCUGAGGUGGCCAUUGUACUAAAAUUGGUGCAUAAUCUGCACAAAGCUUGGAACGGGUCAGAGCAGAAGCUAUCUAUUGGUGUUAUAUCUCCAUAUGCUGCUCAGGUGAUUGCAAUUAAGAAGAGACUCGGUAAGAAUUAUGAAGGCAUAGAAGGCUUUUCAGUGGAAGUUAAAUCGGUAGAUGGUUUCCAAGGUGGAGAGGAAGAUAUCAUUAUCAUAUCAACUGUAAGAUCUAAUAAAAGUGGAGUGAUUGGUUUUCUCUCAAAUGCUCAAAGGACGAAUGUCGCUCUUACAAGGGCAAGACACUGCCUAUGGAUUUUGGGAUGUGGGAGAACAUUGAUGAAUAGUGAAUCGGUUUGGCAAAGUCUAGUGUAUGAUGCAAAAGCCUGCAAUUGUUUCUUCGAGGUUGGUGAAGAUAGAAGCUUGGGAAAAGUUGUCUUGGAUGUAAAGAAAGAGUAUGAUCAACUUGAAGACUUGCUCUCUGGAGACAGUCAACUUUUCAGAAAUGCCAGAUGGAAGGUUCUGUUCAGUGAUUACUUCAAAGCAUCAUUUGGAAGGCUGACCACUACCAGAGUAAAGAUGGCCGUGAUAUCCCUGUUACUGAAAAUAUCUGGUGGAUGGCGGCCUAAGAAGACCAAUGUGGAUAUCAAAUGUGAAAGGUCUUCUCACAUUGUUAAGCAAUUUAAAGUUGAAGGAUUGUACGUAAUCUGUUCAGUGGAUAUGUCGAAAGAAACGAAGUACAUUCAAGUUUUGAAAGUUUGGGACAUAUUGCCAUUGGAAGAUGUUCGAAAGUUGGUUAACCGCCUGGAAGGAAUCUUCACAACUUAUACAGAUGAGUUCAUCAGAAAUUGCAACGAAAAAUGCUAUGAGGGGGACUUGGAAGUUCCAAAAACUUGGUCAACUGCAUUUGAGAUCAAGCGGUAUAAGACUCUCAUUGGUAAUGAGGAGAAGGAGGGCAAUUCUGGUGCUCCAGAGGAUGAAUGUUAUGUAGAGAAUUCAAGAGUCAGUGAUAGCUUGUUGCUAAUGAAGUUCUACUCAUUAUCUUCCGGGGUUGUGAAGUUCUUGCUUACUGAUAACAAAGGUAGAGAAUUGGAACUUCCCUUUGAAGUCACUGAGGAAGAGGAGGAGGUGAUCAUGUUCCCUAGAAGCAUGUUCAUACUGGGUCGGUCAGGUACUGGUAAGACCACUGUUCUAACCAUGAAGCUGUUCAAGAAGGAGCAAAUGUAUCACAUGACCGUCCAAGGUUUAAAUGAAGACAACAAUGACAUUGAAAGCAGCUCCAAUGAUGAUGGUCAUGUUGCUGGUGGGGCCGAAACUGUUUUGAAGCAGCUGUUUGUGACUGUCAGUGGUAAACUAUGCUAUGCUGUUAAACACCACGUUUCCCAGCUGAAAAGCUUUGCAUGUGGUGGGAAUUAUUCUGCUGAUCAAAGUAGUCCUUCAAUGAAUAUGAUAAAUAUUGAUGACAUGGUACAGUUCAAGGACAUCCCGGACACCUUUUCUGAAAUCCUUCCAAGCUCUUACCCUCUGGUUAUCACCUUUUUCAAAUUCCUGAUGAUGGUUGACGGGACCGUUGGAAGUUCAUACUUCGAAAGGUUUCCUGGUGCAAGGCAGUUUCUGCAUGGGAAUAUGUUGUCAGUCGGUCUGCAAACUUUAAUCAAAACAAGAGAGGUCAAUUAUGAAAGAUUUUCUUCAACAUAUUGGCCUCAUUUCAAUGCCAAGUCAACAAGCAAGUAUGACUCAUCAAGAGUCUUCACAGAGAUCAUGUCACAUAUCAAAGGAGGAAUAUGUGAAGAACGGUGGUCUUCUGAUGCUGUUAUUAGCCGAUCAGACUAUGUGCUUCUGUCAGAAAGCCGAGCAUCCAGUUUGGAUGUUCAACAAAGGGAAGUGAUAUAUGAUAUCUAUGAAGAUUAUGAGAGAAUGAAGAUGGAAAGAGGUGAUUUUGAUGUCGCUGAUCUCGUUAUUGAUCUUCAUCGCCGACUUAAAACUUGUGCAUACAAAGGCCAGCUUAUGGAUUAUGUGUACAUCGACGAGGUCCAAGAUCUCACAAUGAGGCAGAUAGCAAUAUUCAAGCAUGUCUGUAGGAAUGUGAAUGAAGGAUUUGUGUUUUCUGGUGACACAGCACAGACUAUUGCUCGGGGAAUCGAUUUCAGAUUCGAAGACAUAAGAUGCCUUUUCUAUACCGAGUUCUUUGAUGAUGAUGCAAGAAAGGAAAAAGGUCACAGAAUAUCUAAAAUAUUUCAGUUGAGCCGGAACUUCAGAACACAUGCUGGUGUUCUCAAGUUGGCUCAGAGUGUCAUUGACCUUCUUUACCAUUUCUUUCCUUCAUCUAUUGACAAACUCAACAAGGAGACCAGCCGAAUAUUCGGCGAAGCACCUGUUUUGCUCGAAGCUGGAAGUGAUGAAAAUGCCAUCAUGACCAUAUUUGGGAACAAGGCUGGCGGGCAUUUUGUUGGCUUUGGAGCACAACAGGUUAUACUAGUCAGAGACGACCAUGUAAAGAGAGAAGUCUACAGUUAUGUGGGAAAACAAGCUCUUGUUCUAACCAUUGUUGAGUGCAAAGGAUUAGAGUUUCAGGAUGUUCUGUUGUACAACUUUUUUGGCUCAUCACCUUUGGGCAAUAAAUGGCGAGUGGUCUAUGAGUACAUGACCUCCCAAAGCUUACUUGAUCCAAGUUUUCCUCAGUCCUCCACAAGGUUUGAUUUGUCAAAGCACAAUAUUAUGUGUUCUGAACUGAAGCUUCUAUAUGUUGCUAUAACUCGAACGAGGCAGCGGUUAUGGAUAUGCGAGAACAUACAAGACAGUUCAAAACCGGUCUUCGACUACUGGAAAAAGAAGGGGCUUGUUCAAUUAAGAAAACUGGACGAAGAACUUGCACAAGCAAUGCAAGUAGCUAGCAGCCCUGAAGAGUGGAAGGCUCAGGGAUAUAAGUUAUUACGCGAAGGGAACUAUGAGAUGGCAACUGUAUGCUUUGAAAGAGCGGGUGAUGAACAUGGGGAAAAACUGGCCAAGGCUGCUGGACUUAGAGCUUCUGCCGAUAUCAUGCACAGUUCAAAUCCAGAAGAAGCUUCAGUUGCCCGCAGGCAGGCUGCCAACAUUUUUGAAUCCAUAGGCAAAGCUGAGUAUGCUGCAGAAUGCUUUUACAUGUUGAAAGACUAUGAAAAAGCAGGUAAACUUUAUCUGCAAUGCGGAGAAUCAGCAAGGGUGAAGGCAGGUGAAUGUUUCUGUAAUGCUGGAUGUUACAAGCUAGCAGCACAAGUCUACUUUGAAGGAAGCCAUUUUUCCAGAUGCCUUAUUGCUUGCGCUGAAGGAAAGCUUUUCGAGGAGGGUUUGCAAUACAUUCAACAGCGCAAAUUGCUAGGAGGCACCAUGGGUACAUCCACUUCAUCAGCGAAAAGUAGAAGGGAAGUGGAGAAGAUUGAGGAGCGCAAGUUCUUGGAGAAUGCUGCGCUUCAUUAUCACCAUCUCAAAGAGAAAGUAGUCAUGAUGAGAUAUGUUGAGGAAUUCGACUCUGUGGAAUCCAUGAGAUCCUUCUUAAGGUCUUUAAGCUGUCUUGAUGAGCUGCUAUCAUUGGAGGAAAGAUCUGGGAACUUUCUAGAGGCAGCUAAUAUUGCCAAGGAGAAGGGUGAUGUUGUACUGGAGGCUAAUCUACUUGAAAAAGCCGGACAUUUUAAGGAUGCUUCGUCCCUAAUUCUGCUGUAUGUAUUAGCCAAGUCUCUUUGGUUAGCUGGAAGCAAGGGCUGGCCUUUGAAGCAGUUCGAAGAGAAGAGGUUACUUUUAGAGAAAGCAAAGUCCUUAGCCAACAAUGAACCUGAGCAAUACCUAAACUUUGUUUCUCUACAGGGUGAGAUACUAUCAAAUCAAGAAUCUUCCUUAUCAGUGUUGGAACGAAAUUUAGCUGAUUCCCGGAGGCAGAAGAGUAUCAGUGGUCAGAUACUGUCAGCAAGAAAGAUUCUGGAUGCACAUGUAAAGCUGAACAUCUCCAAGUAUGCAUGGGAGGAUAAAGUGGUGGUUGUUGAUGAAGAAAAGUUCUCAAAAGAUAAGCUUUCUCGAAAUAGUGUGUCUAUUGAGACACUUGUUCACUGUUGGACUCUCUGGAAGGACCAGAUUACAAAUAUGCACGAGUAUCUUGAAGAAUUUGAUUCCAAAACCACUUUCGAUCUAGCCGGCUACGGUGAGUUUUGCCUCGGUUACUUUGGAGUCAGGAGGUGCUUCCAAAAUGGGAAAACAAUUUAUGUACUUUUGAACCCUGAUGCUCAAUGGGUAAGAGAAAUGGAUACAAGAUUUGUCUGGAAAUAUGGGGAGCUCACAUGCAUAGAUGUCAAGCAGUUAUUUUCCCUAGCCAGACGUUAUUGGUGCUCGCAGUUGCUGUCUAUUGGACUUUCAGUGUUGGAAAAACUUGAAGGCCUCUAUUCCAAGAGUUCAUCGUCCUCCUUAUUCCGAAAAGUUAAGCCAUUGAGUUAUAUAUACGAAAUUGCCAACUUUCUGUUGAACUCAAAGUUCAGAUUCUCAGACACGGAUGCUCUGGAUGGAUACAUCAAACUGUCAGCUGCAGACUACUUUGGCUGCAUUUUCCCUCUAGAUUGGACAGAGUCAGUGCUAGAGAACAUGGUAAAGUUCAGGAGAAGCGAUCUAUGCAGAAAUAUGAUAAGAGAUUUGGUUCUCAGAGAUUUAAGCUCCAAGAGUUGGUUUUCUUAUGGCCGACUGGGCAGGUUGGCUCUGACCAUCCUUGGCUCUGCGCGUGAAGCUUUUCAUGGAUCAGGUGAUGACAUAAUGAGCAACCAAUCAUCAAGCUUGAACUUGCCCUGGAAGAGGUUGAUGGAGCAUCUCCUUGGAAAUGUUAAUGCUGAAACCCCUAAUGACUUGGAGUGUGCUAAUCUUCAUGGAGCACUUGUUGACACGUACUCUUUUGACUGGAAAAGUGCAAGCGAGUACAUUUCUCCGAGCUGCUUCCUUUACCUGGUUGAACGUCAGUUGAUUCUGGUCUCAUCUUUAAAAGGUUACAUCAUCAGUAACAAAUCUUCGUUUCUAGAGUGGCUCUUUUACCAGGAUGGGCGAAAUGGCAAUCAUUCCAUCAAUUCCAUGUUGUAUUCAAGCGUUGUGGGAUUCAUCGCUCAAGUUGCUCAACAACUUCUUCACCAGAAGAAGGAAACAGUGGAGUGGAUCAAAAGAUGUCAACCUCAUGGGAAUGACAAAGACAACUAUCGGGCUGUUGUCCUCAGACUGGUUGCUAUAGUAUUAUUGCUUCAUUUGAACUGCGGAUCAUUUCACAAGUUGCUUAUCGACAUGCUAUCUUGGAGGAAUGUUACUGAACAGCUCCCUCGAGGAUUCUACAAUGUGCUGUGCAAGAUAAAGAAGUGCAGGACCCUGAAUGAUGCUAUAUGUGUAUCCGCUGAAGCUUUCCAGCUAAUUGGGAACCCAGUUGUGCUUGUGAAUCUUGGAAAAAAUGUUUCUUUAAAGGACUUGUGUCCCCCUGCAGUAUUUGUGGACAUGACGAGCAACAGGAGCAUUGAUGAUGUUCUAGUAGGAUUGUUUGAUCCGAGAUUAGAUAGAGAACGUAGUGAUGGCCGAAAGCAGCCUCCUGCACCUUGUGCUGCCCUUUCAGGCCUUUGGAACACGUUUGAAGAAGUCCUUGCAUCAGGAAAAAGCAGCAGCAACAAUAAUUUCCAAAUUGAUCCAUCAACCAAGGAAGAGAUAGAAAAGGCUAUUACUUUGCUGGGUGAUAGAAUAGGUCUGGGCCUUCCUAAUGAUGAGAAGUGUAUGAAGUUGUUGAAUGAAGCAAUAAGCACCGUGGAUGAAUUGAACCAACUCCUUGCCAUUCUUGAUACCAGUGAAAAUGACGGGUCAACCGUUGCAGAGCUCAUCAAGAAGUUGCAGUCGAGAAGGCCACCAAUUGAACAAAUUCUGAAUAUCACACGCUCGCAGGAAGAUGCAGAUAGGCUACUCCUUGGAGACAUUACGAUGUCCGAGACCAUUCCCACAACUGUGGAAGACGAAGAAAACAGCUCUACUUGUACUGCUGUGGAUGGCGCCAAUCCAGAUGGAGGAAGGAUUAAGGCUUCAGAAGCUGAUGACAAAAAUGCUUCUGAAACAAAGGCUGACAGCACUAAUGCUAAUGCUUCUGCAGCAGGGAAGAAAGGUAAGGGAGCCAAGAACAAGAAAGGCAAAAGGGGGAAUGGCGGAAGAAAGAACAAGAAGUAGCUUAUGAAACUGUGGUUGCCAGUAGGCAACUCACUUCCAGUCAGAAUAUCGUUGUUGCCUAUGUUAAAGCUUUUGGACUUCUUUCCAAUCGUGUGAAUAUUAAGGUUGCUGUCCGAAUUUCGUCUCGCCUGGUUUAAGCUCGUAAUGUGUUUAUGAAAUGUUAAUUCAUGGUGUUCUUAGUUUGGUAAAAUGAGGAGACUGAGCUAAUUAUUGAUUUAAGUAAAUUGGUUUUAAGGUC